UAAAAAUUUCUUUUUACCUUGAAAUAAUUUACUGUCUUACACCUUUUCUUUUCUGGACAAGUUAGUAUAUUAUGUAUACAUUCCUAGGUAAAACUGUGGGGCCUAGGAUCCCUACAAUCGUCCCUGAAGAUUCAAACCACAGUGCUAAAGAACUAAAAUAAGGUAAAACAGGCAUGCAAAACAAGAAAUUAGGACCAGCAGAGUGAUUCCGAUCUCAUGUAUUCUUGGCCAAUGGAUUUAUUCUUGGCCAAUGGAUUGUGAUAUUGGCCAAGAAAAGGGUCACCUAUAAGUGGUUUGAGUUAGCAGUCCAGUGAGAGGACCUCCAAGAACCUCUACAGCAAUCUCCAUGAGACAUGGAGGCUGCAGUAGGGCAAGGUGCAUUGGAUCGAUAUGGAACUGUAGUGGUGUCAGUUGGUUGCACAGUGGCAGAUCUGGUGAUUUUUGUCUGGACAAAAAUUGGGGAGAAGUGAGAAGAGAAAAAAGAGAAAAGGGAGAGCUAGUUUGAGAGGGUGGUGGAGAGAAAGAGGAGGAACACUUCUCCCUCUCUCCGGUGGGCUGCACGAAAUGGUUUGGCAUGGGGCACAUGGGUGUCGCACAGAGAGGUAGAAUAUCAAGAAUUAUAAAUGACACUCUUAUGAUCUGUUUUAAGGAGAAAAAAAUAUUCCUGUUGAUUUGUUAUGAAAGAAACAGGCAUCAGGCCACAUUCAAGAUAACACUAGAUGUGCCAUCAGACUUGACAGCUUUGUCUAAUAUGCCAAUUGCUGAUGAAAAUCUUGAAGGAAAUAUCAGGACUGUUUACUUUGAGGAAUCUCCAAUCAUGUCAACCUAUUUGGUGGCUGUUGUUGUUGGUGCCUUUGAUUAUAUUGAAGAAAUGACAGCUGAUGGGAUUAAGGUUCGUGCAUAUUGUCCUGUUGGAAAGAGUGAUAAAGGGAAGUUUGCUUUAGAUGUUGCUGUAAAGUCACUUGAUAUAUUUGCAAAGUACUUCUCAACUCCUUUCCCACUUCCAAAACUGGAUAUGGUUGCCAUCCCUGAAUUUGCUGGUGGGGCUAUGGAGAAUCAUGGGUUGAUCACAUACCGUGAAAAUGAUCUACUUUACGAUGAGUUGCUUUCUUCAACAGCUAGGAAACAACGUCUCGUAAUUGUUGUGUCACAUGAAGUGGCCCAUCAUUGGUUUGGCAAUCUGGUAACAAUGGAGUGGUGGACUCAUUUAUGGCUUAAUGAGGGAUUUGCAACAUGGGUAAGUUAUAUGGCCACUGACAUCAUAUUUCCAGAGUGGAAAAUAUGGACUCAGUUUCUUAAACAAACAACUUAUGGCCUACGUGUGGAUGCACUGGAACAAUCACAUCCAAUUGAGGUGGAGGUACAUCAUGCUCGUUCCAUACUAGAAGUAGCCGAUGAUAUCAGCUACAAUAAGGGAUCUGCUGUCAUUCGAAUGUUGCAGGGUUAUCUUGGCGAUCGAAUGUUCCAGAAAUCUUUAAGUUCAUACAUAAAAAGAUAUGCUGGAAAAAAUGCAAAGACUGAAGAUUUAUGGAGCAUUCUUUCAGAGGAAUCUGGCGUGCAAGUCAAUUCAAUGAUGGAAGCUUGGACAAAGCAAAAGGGAUAUCCAGUUAUCUCUGUAAAAUCCAGAGAUAACAUUUUGGAAUUUGAACAGUCGCAAUUCUUGUCAUCUGGUUCGCAUGAAGACAGACUAUGGACUGUUCCAAUAACCUUGUCCAUUGGGUCAUAUGACAGGCACAAGACUCUGCCUCUGGAAACGAGGUUUGGGGAAUUGGAUAUAUCUGAACUCGUUCGCUCUGCAGAUGAAAAUUCAAGCUCAUUCAAGGAAAAGAAUGAAGACAAUUGUGAUGAACAUUUAUGGGUCAAGGUUAACAUUGAUCAGAGUGGUUUCUACAGGGUUGAAUAUGAAGACAAGCUGGCAGCCCGGCUUAGAAAAGCCAUGGAGGGAAAUUACUUGUCAGAAAUGGAUAAAUUCGGAAUUUUGGAUGAUGCAUUUGCUCUAUGUAUGGCUUGCAAACAAUCACUCUCAUUGUUACUUUCCUUGAUGGAUGCAUACAGGAAAGAGCUGGAUUUUGUUGUGCUGUCGAAACUCGUUGACGUCUGUUAUAAAGUUGUGCAGAUCUCAGGUGAUGCCAUCCCAGAUCUAGUGAACGAGUUGAAACAAUUUUUCAUGAAUCUCCUCCUGUUUUCUUCAGAAAAAUCUGGCUGGGAAUCAAUUUCUGGAGAGAGUCAUUUAAGUGCACUACUAAGAGGAGAAGUCCUUGUGGCCUUGUCUACUUUUGGCCAUGAUAACACUCACAAAGAAGCAAUACGGCGCUUUCAGGCAUUUGUGGAUGAUAGAAAUACUCCACUCCUUUCAGCUGACACUAAAAGGGCCGCUUACAUUGCUGUAAUGAUGAACACUAGCACCACAAACAGGAAUGGGUUUCAGUCCCUAUUGAAUGUUUAUAAAGAAGCAAAUACGGUGCAGGAGAAAGAACGGGUCUUAUGUUCUAUUGCAUCUUGUCCAGACCCAGAUAUAGUCCUUGAGGUUCUGAACUUCAUGUUGUGUGAUGAGGUUCGAGAUCAAGAUGCCACUUAUGUGCUUGCUGGAAUAAGCUCAAAAGGCGGUGAAGUAGCAUGGAGAUGGUUGAAGGAGAAUUGGGAGUUGAUCUCCACCAAAUAUGGUGGUGACGGAAUGCUAAUCCAACAUUUAAUUCGGGACGUUAUCACAUUGUUCUGCAGCAAUGAAAAGGCAGAUGAGAUAGAAGCAUUUUUUGAAAGCCGCAAGCGUCCUUCUUUUGAUAUGAACUUGAGGCAAAGCAUUGAGCAAGUCCGAAUCAAAGCGAGGUGGGUUGAGAACAUAAGGCGUGAACAAUCUCUACGAGACCAAAUCAAACACUUGGCUCGCAAGAAGUAAGGAUCAAGGUGCUUUUAAGUUCUUGUUCGAAUUUGAGAAUUUCGAGUAGAAUAAAGAUGGACACAUGAAGUGGGUCGUAUAACAUUUCUUGCUCAUUUAAUGUUGUUCGAAAUAUUCAUUUGGACAACAAUAAAUGUUGUAGGACCUACUUCAUGUGUUUUUCUCUCUUCCACUUGAAACUCUCAAAUUCGGUCAGAACUUCAGGAAAUCUUCUUUAUAAGAAGUAAUAGCUUUCAAUUUGAUUCAAAGCUAUACGCUGUGAACAUGAUUAUGUUAGACUGACGAGCUAUUGACACUACAUGCUCGAAAAAUCGGGUGCCAUAUGCACGUGUUGUAAAUAAAUAAGUCUUAACUGGUUGUGUUUAAAUAGUGAUGUAUUCUCAGAUAUUCUAUGAAUAAUAAUAAAAAAAU